CAUUCAUUCAUAGCCCCACAACUGAAAGAUCUUCAAACAAAAAUAAAUCAAAUCCUUAUUCAUCCUUCAACUCCACACCGAGAAAAGGAGCGAGUGAGAAGACCGUGAUUUUCAGCAGUCCAUUCUGCUGUUGAUUUCUCCCUUCCACAAAAGGUAUAUUCUUCUCAGUUGCAUGAAUACAUAAUCUCUAUUAAUUCCAUGAUCACAAUUUCUUAAUGUCACAGUUUGAGAAGAUCGUGAAUUCAAUUUCUUCCUGCAAUCUCAAUUUGUUCUAUCCAACAACCGAAGGGGAGAAAUGCAUGUACAAGAAUGCUUGUAAACUUUAUUAGUUUCAGAGCAUUCUGUUUGUAAGAUCUCGCUCUGUCUCCACAUAAAAACGCAGCUCACAAAAAUGGAAGAAGCAACUGCCUUGGCAUUCAUUCAAGCUGUAAUUAGAAACACGAUCAACAUCUCGGAGAAGGACGUCUUGAUGAAGGUUGUCUUGAAGAAGGAUGUCUUGAAGAAGGAGAUGUCACUAAUAUGUGGUCUGAAAACUGCCAACAAGUUCUUGAACAGCCUAAAACGAACCCUCAGCAAUGCUGAUGUGGAAGACUGGGUGAAGAAGCUUGGAGCUGUGGUGUUAGAUGCUGAAAAUGUUGUGGAUGAAGUCAAAUAUCAUAUUCUCUCCAAAGAUAUCAACAUUUUCAAACCUCACACCAAUAAAACUAAGCUCCUAGCACACUUAUCCUCGCGUAUUCUGUAUGGAAGCCAGGGACCACUGGCCCUUAGAAUCAAUAAAAUCAAUGAAAACUUGGAAUCUCUUAACCAUGAGGCACCAAGAAUUGGCAUUGAAGAUUUGGAUUAUGCGAUUGCAGAGCAGACUUAUGGAAGUGAAUAUACUGAUUCUUUUCCUGGUUAUCGUGUUUUUGUUGGAAGAGAUAAUGAUUUGCUAGAAUUAGCUGACCUGCUCAUCACCAUCACAGAACAAGAGGAGCAGGUGUUCUCCGUCCUUGCAAUUCAGGGCACGGGUGGAAUUGGAAAAACAACUUUGGCUAGAAAACUCUUCAAUCAUGAAAACAUCAAGAAUCGAUUUGGCGAAUCACGCAUUUGGGUGCAUGUAGGUCCAUAUUUUGAUCCAACUGUUCUUUUCAUGAAAAUCCUUGCAGCAUUUACUUCUGAUCGAGUUGAGACUAGGCGUGACAUUCUCGAAAGGCUUCAACAAGCUUUCAUAGGCAAAACUUAUCUUCUUGUUCUUGAUGAUGUCUGGAAUCAUGAUGUUUCGAGAUGGGAAGAUUUUCUACAUUCGUUGGCUGGAGUUAUUUCUACCAAGGGAAACAACAUCAUCAUCACGACCAAGAGUACAAGGGCUGUUGAGAUAAUGAUGCCGAAUCACAUUUAUCAAGUAAAUGGCUUAUCAGAUGAAGAGUGCUGGUCCAUAAUCAGAACCAUAACUUAUGGAAAUCUAUAUGUGCCAUCAGGUUUAGAGAUCAUUGGAAGAGAGUAUGCACGAAUUUGUAAGGGUUUGCCGUUAGCUGCUAAUAUAGUUGGGGGAGUUUUUCGUGGUGCAUCUGAAGAUUACUGGAUGUCGAUGCUGGAGUAUCAUCAAGAUCAGGAGGAAACUAUCUUAGAUUUAUUGAGAUGGAGUUUCAGGGAUUUGUAUUCAUCGCUGAAGACGUGCUCCGCAUACUGUUCAAUUUUCCCACGAGGUUGCAAAAUUGUGAAGCAGGAGCUGAUUGAGCUAUGGAUGGCAGAAGGAUUUCUUCAACCAGAAAAAGGAGAUGACAUGGAGUCUGUAGGAGAUAUGUUUUCAAAUGUACUUCUACACAAGUCACUACUUGAAGUUGUUGAGAGAAAUGAAAAUGGAGAAGUGGAAAGUUUCGUGAUGCAUGAUUUAAUGCAUGAUCUAUUAUCGUCUAUUUCAGGUCCUAUCACAAAACAAGUGGCAGAAUAUAAGCGCACGUUAUUCUUGGAAGGUGAAGUUUCUGAUGACAUGUUAUUAGACUAUCCAAGUCUGCGCAAUCUUAGUCUUACAAGAGUUAAAGAGUUACCUGAUUCAAUCAGCAAAUUGAUACAUUUGAGAAAUCUUAAUAUCUCAAAGUCAUGGAUUACACAAUUGCCAGAGUGGAUUGGUGAACUCCAUUACUUGCAAACGCUAAGAGCAGAUACGAAACAUUUGUGGAAACUGCCAAGUUCGUUGAAGUACUUGAUUAACUUGAGGCAUCUUUAUGUUCUCUCUCGUGUAAAGUUACCGGCUGAGAUGGGGAGGUUAACUAAUCUUCGAACACUGAGGCACUUUGCAGUGGGUGAAAAUAAGGGAGCUCAAAUUGAAGAGUUGAAGAGUCUGAACAAUCUUCAAGGAGAGAUGCAUAUUUCUAAUUUGGAAAAGGUGCAUAACAAGGAAGAAGCCAUGGAAGCAAAUAUAUAUCAAAAGCAAAAUUUGUAUGAAUUGGUGCUCAUAUGGAGUGAAGAACGAGAAGGUGCAGGAAAUGAUAAGAGUGUAUUGGAAGGCCUCCAACCUCACCCGAACCUAAAGAAGUUGGGGAUUGUAGGAUUCAAAGGAAAAACAUUGCCUAAAUGGUUAGGGAGCCUCUCGUCGCUAAGUCAUUUAUCUCUUUCUAGUUGUAGCAAGUUGAAGCGUUUGUCCCCCUCGGCAACAUUAGAGCACCUCACCGAAUUACGACAUUUAGAUAUUAAAGACUGUCCAAAAUUUCAUAUUGGAUUUGAGUUGCGCAACACUCCCCAUCUCACUAUCAAGAUUGAUGACCAUUGCACCAAUCAAAUCGUGGAUGGAGAAAUGUCUUCUGUGGGUAAUGAAGUUCUUACUGAGAGCCAUGGAAAUACUCCCCAUAUCACCUACAAGGUUGAUGGCCAGGAGAUUGAACCUUACACCAACAAAAUCUUGGAGGGAGAUAAGUCUUCUAUGGCCAAUGAAGGUCUUACGGAGAGCCAUGGAAACACUCCCCAUCUCACCAACAAGGUUGAUGACCACGGAGAUAAACCUUGCACCAAAGAAAUCGUGAUGUCAUCUGCUGCCAAUGAAUUUCUUAUUAAGAUCCUUGGCAACACAUUAAAGGAAGAGUACUCUAGCGUUGGAGAUGCCAAACAGCUGCAGAGAACUUUGGGCACUAUUCGGAGUUACUUGAGUGAUGCCCAAAACAAGUCCAUUGGCGAAGAGGGUGUCAAGUUCUGGUUAAGGGAGCUUCAAGAUGUGGCUUUCAAGGCUGAUAAUGUUUUAGACAAACUCAACUAUCAUUUUCUGCAAAACCAAUUGAAGAAAUUGAAGAAACCCAAGGCCAAGGAUAAGCUCCUAUCAUGUUUCUCAUCCUUUAAUCGCAUUGCACGUCAACCAAAUAUGGCUUCGAAGAUCAAAGAAAUCAAUAUGGCAUUCGACUCUAUGAUCGAAAGGGCAGAGCAGCUCGGUGUUCAAAGCAAAAUUGUGGAAGAACCAUCUGCGGCUAGUGUUUCCUCUGAUUCAUUCACUUCCGUUCCAAUCUUUAUUGGAAGGGGUGAUGAUGUGCAAAUACUGGUUGAGAUGCUGAUAUCUGACCCAGGUAAAACGACAUUCUCCAUCCUUGCGAUUGUCGGAGCGAGUGGGGUGGGAAAAGAAACGCUGACCAGGAAAGUUUUAAAUCAUGAAGAUGUCAAGGCUCGAUUUGGAUGGCAUGUUUGGGUUCUUGUUACUCGAAUUUUUGAUCCAGUCAUGCUUUUAAAAAAAAUCCUUUCAACGUUGACGUCAGAAACUAAUAUUGGUGGAACUGAGACUGAGGAAAGUAUCCUCAAGAAGAUUCAACAAGUUUUGAAGGCUAAAACUUAUAUUCUUGUUCUUGUUGAUGUUUGGAAUGAAGAUGUUCCGAAAUGGGAUAAAUUUUUAAAAUCUAUGUCAGGGGUUACUUCUACCAUGGGAAAUGCGAUUAUCAUCACUACCAGGAAUUCUGAAGUUGCUUCAUUAGUGAAUCCAGUUCACACUUAUUGUUUGAAUGGCUUGUCAGAUGAAAAUUGUUGGUCCAUAAUGAAAGCAAAAUCUUUUCAAAAUGGAGAUGUGCCACCGGGACAUGAGGUCGUUGAAAGAAAAAUUGCAAAAGGAUGUCAAGGAUUGCCAUUAGCUGCCAAUAUACUUGGCGGAAUGCUUAGCUAUUAUAAAUCAGAAGAAGAGUGGCACUUUGUUGAAAAAAUGCUUUCAAGUGGUAAAGAAGCUGAGAGUAUAUCAAAUAUACUGAAAUUGAGUUUUGAUAGUUUGCCUUUGUCAUCACUCAAGAUGUGCUUCGCCUAUUGUUCAGUUUUUCCUAAAGGUUGGAAAAUUGUGAAGAAGGAGCUGAUUGAACUGUGGAUGGCCGAAGGGUUUCUUCAACCAAAUGAAGGAGAUGACAUGGAGUCUAUGGGUGACAUGUUUUCAAAUGUACUUGUACACAAUUCUUUAAUUCAAGUUGCAGAGAAAGAUGGUUAUGGAAAUGUUUUGAGUUUUGUGAUGCAUGAUCUUGUGCAUGAUCUUGCAAGUGCUGUUUUAGGUUCUUCAGAUGGCACAAAUCAAGUUCUAUACUUGUUUCAUGGAAAGGAUCAUUCAAGUAUCAUCCCAAAUGUAACAGCAAAAUCUUUGCGUACGUUAAUUUACCAAGGUGAAAUUCUUGAUACCGCCAUGUUCUCGAGUUACAAAUCUCUGCAUGCUCUUAGUCUUGACUGCGAUCAAGUUAAAGAGCUGCCAAGUUCUAUUAGAGAGUUGAUACAUUUGAGAAAUCUUAAUGUUUCAAGAACAGGAAUUGAAUAUUUGCCGGACUGGAUUUCUGAACUCCAUUACUUGCAAUCCAUAAAUGGAUCUACAGGAUCCUUGAGAAAACUGCCAAGUACGUUGAAGUACUUGAUUAGUUUACGACAUCUUUAUCUGUGCCAAGAUGUAGAAUUGCCAGCAGAGAUUGGGAGAUUAACUAAUCUGCAAGCACUCAAGUUUAGAGUAGGGGAGCGCAAAGGAUACAGAAUUGAAGAGUUGGGGAAUCUGAACAAUCUCAGACAACUAUCUAUCUAUGACUUGGAAAAGGUGUGUGAUAAAGAAGAGGCUCAGCAAGCAAAUAUAUCUCAGAAGCAAAAUUUAUCUGAGUUGAGUUUUGAAUGGGAUGCAAAUAUUGAAGGUGAAAGAGAACAUGAUGAGGCUGUAUUGGAAGGCCUCGAACCUCACCCACACCUUAAGAUGUUAAAGAUUGCAGGAUUCGCGGGCAAAAGAUUUCCAUCAUGGUUUCAGAAGAUGGUAGCUGGAGAUAAGCCUUUGAUAGGGCUGAUUGAGAUAACACUGAGUGGCUGCAAAGUAUGUGAAGAAAUCCCAGAGCUGGGGCAGUUGCCAAAUCUCAAAACUCUUAGUUUGUGGAGAUUGAGCAAAGUGACGUACAUAAAUUCUCAAUUCUAUGGGAAUAUUGUUGGAGGUGACAGUUUUCCAGCGCUUGAAACCCUCUUAUUGAAAGGUAUGGAUGAGCUGAAAGUGAUACAAGGUUUUGGCGAUAAAGUGAAAGUAUUUCCAAGGCUUGUAUCUUUGAAAAUCUACUGGUGCCACAAAUUGGAAUGUCUCCCAAGUUGGUUAUUCGUUAAGGCUUGUGGUCUCAAAGAACUGGAUAUAAGGCAUUGCUCCAAGUUGAGUAGAUUACCCGAUGAGCUAGUCAAGGCUCGUGGUCUUAAAGAAGUGGAUAUAUGGCAUUGCUCAAAGUUGAGUAGAUUACCAGAUGAUCUACACACUCUCGAUUAUCUAGAGUCAAUGACUAUAAAAGGUUGUCAAAAUCUGAAGUCGAUAGUGAAUCCAGAGAGCGGAGGAACGUUCAAAUCCCUUCGUAGUUUGGAGAUUCAUGAUUGCCAAAAGCUGACAGCAAUGGUAGAGCCACAUGCGCCUUCGCUCAAGAAAGUGUCUAUGAUGAGACUAAAAUGCCUUUCGAAUUUAUCCAAGUUUCUUGAUUCAUUGCAACACUCAACUUCGCUAGCACAAUUAACCAUUUUUGGGGUACCUAAAUUCACAUCCGGUAAUGAGAUUUGGCCUUUCCAUUACUUGCAAAAAUUAGAGAUUGAUGUUAAUAUGGAGUCGUCAAGCGAGACUGUUGAAUUGAUGAUGAAAAACUGUCAUUCAUCUCUUGGUGAGCUAAAGUUGAGAGGAACUCUUGGGAAUGUGCCUGAAUCAAUUCAGAAUCUCCCCGCUCUUUAUAGUUUGGAGUUGGAGAAUUUUGGAGUAGACAAGCUGCCUAAAUGGUUUAAGGAUCUCUCAUAUCUGAAAAGGUUAUGUCUAUCUAAUUUUCCAGAGUUGGGUAAUCUGCCCUCAUUGAAGCGCCUCACCGAAUUGCAGGAGUUGCACAUUUGUAAUUGUCCGAAAAUGAAGAUUAAUUACGAGGGGCGCAAGAUUUCCGAUGCUUGUGUCAUCUACGUUAAUGGUCAUGCGCUUUAGAUCUUCUCCUCAAUUGUUCAACGUAGCGUGAAGUCCAUGGAUGACCGGGCGCGAAGAAGCUGGUCCGAUCAAGAGGAAGAAACAUUAUCUCACUAACUGAGGAAGCUGGCAGCAAACGGCUAGAAAUCUUAUAAGGGUCCGUUCAAUAAAAAAAAUUGGAAUUAGAAUUCUAUGGAAUUGAAUAUGAAGGAAUGAAAUUGUAAUUCAAUGUCAAAUCAUGUGUUCGGUAAAAAUGAUAUACGGAAUUAAUUUGAAUGAAUUGAUAUAUAGUGUGUGUAGUGUGUGAAGGUGCACUAUUUUGUAUUCCAA